AUGGCCAACAUCAUGAACCCGUCACCUGGCCGCAUCGACUACAUGCAGAACGCCUUCCCUCGCCAUCGGCCGCUUCCUCGCCCUCCUCCCAAUACUCAGCAACAGCAGUCCCAACCCCCGCCAGAUGAGACUUCGACUGAGCAACCCCCACCAGACACACAGCAACAGCAGCAACAGUUUGAUCAGUCGUCGUUUGCCACUGCUAGCCAAGAGUCGCGGGCCGCCUCGGAAAUGUCGUUCCACUGGCACACCAACUCCGGCCAGUUCCGCCACCCUAUGGGUCCUCCCCCAACGGAGAACGGCUCUUACGACUGGAGCAAUCUUGGGCAUCCAGAGCGCAACCCCUUCAGCGUCAAGCUUCCGCUUCCCCCACCGUUCAUGGACAAGGAGGCGGAUGUGGAGGCCUAUAUCACGCGCGUCUCCUUCUUCAUUCAGCUUCAUAUGGUGCGGUUCAGGACCAAUGCUGAUCAAGUGUACUUCUUCUUGCAAGGGUGCAGUGGUCCGGAAAGCCUUCUCUGGGCGGCGCAGAUCAUGAAGGCGCACCUCGAUGAGCGCGAGUGUUGGGAGCGCUUCCCAGAGUACGCAACCAUCACGCAGGUGGUCAAGCUCUUCCGCCUCCGCUUUGGUGUCCUCGACAAGCAGCGCGCGGCACAGGCCAAGUUUGAGGCACUCAAGCAAGGCUCGCAGCCUGUGCGUUCUUAUAUCGCUAUGUUCGAUCGACUCGAGCAGGACGCCGGCUACAACGAUGCAGCGCUCGUCCAGGCAUUUAGACGUGGCCUUGACCGAGUCCUGCGCAAGAAGAUUGACGACAUGGCGGAGCCGCCUCGCACGAUCCGCGGGUGGAAGGAGGUCACGCUCGACGACAAGGAUGCCCAUCACCGCGCCGCGCAGGAAGAGGACAAGGUUUGGACGCACAAGCCCGCGCAGUUGUCGGGCACUUGCGCAGAGGGAUCCUCCUCUAGCCAGGCGCCUGCCCGCGUCCAGGCUGCCUUUACGCGCCUGACGAAGGAAGAGCGUGCGGACCUUGGCCGCCGCGGAGGGUGUUUCUACUGCCGCAAGACCGGCCACAGGUUCUUUGAAUGCCCAGAGCGCCCGGAAGGGAAAGGGAAGGAGAAGGAGAAGGAGCAGGUCGGGGUGUUUGCAAUGCUCAUUGCUCAGCUCAAGGACAUGGGGAAGGAGGAACGGGCCCAGGAGUUGGAGGCCCUGAAGGAUUUUUAG